AUGACGGCGAAAGCUGCCAGUGUGGCGUCCCCUACGCUUGGGGGUGUGCUGGGACCGACCGAGGAGCAAUUCGAGGAGGAGUUAGACGAGCUCGAUGCGGAGAUCGAGAAGCUCUUCACGGCCGACGAUACCGCCGCGCAGUCUGCGCUCGACGGUCUCUUGGCCAUUGGCUCCUCCGCUCUCCUCUCCCCUCCGCUUCCGCCCACUGCUGGCGCAAUCCAACCGGCGGAUAGCGCUGGCGGUGGAUUGAUCGGCGAUAACGGAGGCGCGGAUCCUGGCGUGAGUUCAGGGAACGUCGGUAGUAAUGCAAAAAAGGCGUCGUUAGAUUCUCUUUUGUGGGAGCUGGAUGAAGAUGGCGGGAUUGAGGAGGAGCAAGUAGCCGUUGGCGAUGGUCUAAAAGGUUCAGAUCUGCAUGCUGCUGGGGAUGAAGAGACGGCGGAGCACUACCCGACAGCGGCUGACGCGGCGUCGAUCUUCGAGGAUGAGGUGGCAGAGAUCCUCCGAGUCGCGCAUCGCCAGGUAAGCGGUCUUAAGCUCGAGGCGGCAUGGCUGCGCUCCGGGCUGCUGGCGCUGCAGAAGGACGUGCGCAUGCUGCGGUCCGAGAACGACGCGCUCCAGGGUCAGCGGCGCCGCGCUGACCAGCGCCUGCUGCUGCUGCUGCGGGAGAAGGAGCUUGCGGAGGAGCAGCGCAGGGUGGCGGAGGAGCAGCGCCACGCCGCGGAAGACGCGCAGGAAACGCUGCGCGGAGUGGUUUCCCGUGCGGUGGCGGAAGCGGCGGUGCUGCGGAGGCAGCUGGCGGUGUGGAAGCCGCCCGGCGGCGCGUGGGCGAUGGCGGUGAAGGCGGGGACCUGUUGGGGCGGAGAGAUUGGCGCAAGCGGAGCAGUCGGGGGGAUAGGCGGAAGCCCGAUUCAGCGCAGCUUCAGCGGGAACUCUCUCCGCUCCAGUCUGGAGGGGAGUGGGACUCCCCCGCUCAAGCUCGCUCGUGGCGGUAGCGCGCUCGCAGCGCCAGGGGGGGGAGCUGUAACUGCCGCCAUCGCGCAAGCAACGGCAUGCACCGGGGCCGGGGGCAAAGCAGGCGGAGGCAGCAGCGCUGUUUCCCCGUGGGCGGAAACUCCCGAUGGUUACGCAGGGGGGAAGGACAGCGCUCACCGCGCCGCGCACGGUUUCGUGGCAAAGGAAAGCAUCAGCCCGGCCUAUAAACCACAUUCGGCAACAUCCGGGGAGAUGUUUUUCGCGGCAGGCUCCGAGAUCCCCUGCCGUCUUGCGGAGGCGGGGCGGGCGGACAGCGGGGUGUGGGCGGAGGUGAAGCGCGUGGGCGCGGGGAUGGGUCUGCUGAUGGACUCUGACGUGGAUGCUGACGAGGACGCGGCGCUGCUCCGCGAGGAGAACGCGCAGCUGCAGGCGCUGCUGCGCGAGUCGCAGUGUGACCUGCAGGCGCUCGAGCAGAACGUCGCGCGCCUCAAGCAGGUCGUCGCCGCGCAAGAGGCGGCGGUGGACGCGGCGGCAGACGUGGCGGCCGACGCGGCGGCGGCUGCGGGGAACGGAGAGGGACCGGCGGGGAUAGGGCCGGGGGAUGGGGGGAAAGAGGAUUGGGGGGGAGGCGGAAAGGUGGGGGUCCUGGAGGGGGAACAGGUGGGCGGAUGGGGAGAAGAGAUUCGGCAAGAGAGAGAGCGGUUAAGAGAGGCGUGGGAGGAGGUGGAGAAAGAGAAGCAGAAUCUUGUAUCUCUCCAGCAGCAGCUUACAUCAGGAACGGAAAUGCCACAGCCGCAGCAGUGGCAGGCAAGCGGAAACGCAGCAACGGGCGGAUGGCAAGCCAUCAGCGACACUGGGGAUGCUGGCGACGUGAGCGACGACGGCGACGCUGAUGGCAGUGAAAGCGGCUGUAUACGGAUUGUGUGCGGGAGUUGCGGAGCCGAGGGAGUAGUUCCGAGAAGCUUCGCAGGGCGGCUCGAUGUGCUGGGAGCACUGGCAGGCGAUGGCAGUGUGGGGGAGGGUGAUGGCAGUGGUAGUGAAUACAGUGCAAGCGCAGCAAGGCUGCUGGAGGCGACACAGCGACGCCACAGCGCGCCGAGCUUCAUCCCCGCCCCCCCUGGUUCCGUUCUGACGUCUUCAGCUGCUGAUACCGAUGCUGUGAUGGAUGGCACAGGAGAGGGCGGCAGCGAGGGUAUCUUAGAGUCUCGUGUGGCUCUGAAGAAGGCUGUUUCCAUGUCUGAUGCUCAUUCGGUGCGAGUGGGGGUAGAUCUGGAGAUGGUUCGGAUACUGGAGCUGGAGGCGCAGAAGGAGCUGCUGGGCCUGCUGCAGCUGAGCGAGGAUGAGGCCAGCCCCACUGCUGCUGACGUACAGAUCAGGGCAGGCGCAGAGGUGGACGGUGCUGCGGUGGAGGAAGCACCGGCUGAAGCAGCAGCAGCAGCAGCAGCAGCAGCAGCAGCAGCAGCAGCAGCAGCAGCAGCAGCAGGAGGAGGAGGAGGGGGAGGAGAGGACAAAGGUGGUGGACCUGCCACUGUAACGGAUCUGUGGACGGCUGCUGCUCGUGCAGCCACUCAGCUGCGGAUGUCCCUUGAAGCAGCUCGUGAGGCCACUGGAAGUGCGCUUGAUGCUAUUCUCUCGGAGAACGAGCGGCUGAGGGGGGACAUGGCGGAUAUGGCACUGCAGAAGAGGCAGACUGUGUCGCAUUUGUCCUCGUUAUUAGACGACCUGUGGCAGCAGCACCGCGGGCUGCAGCGAUGCUUGAAGGAGAUGCGGGCGGCGAAGGAGAUUUGCGAGGGAUGCAUGGUGUGUGAGGAGAGGAGGCAGGCUGCUAAGGCUGAUGCCAUGCUCGCCAACCUGCAACGAUCAGAGACGACCAUCGCAUCCGACGCACAGAGGCUGCUGGACGAGGCGUCGGCGGAGGUGAAGGCGGCUCGCCCGGGCAUUCAGGUGGAGACGAUGCUGGGCGAGGGAGACCCGCGAGACGUGCUGUGCAACCGCGCCACUGAGGACUUUGUGGACUUCAUCAUCGUGGGAAGCCAGGGCAAGACCGCUCUCACGCCUGUCUCCCGAUCUGCUGCAGCAGCGGUAGUGUCAGCAGCCGCAGGUGCUACUGCUAUGGGGAAAGGAGCAAUGGAAAUGGGGGGCAGCGGGCAGGCGCAGGUCUGUGCGCAGUACUCACUGGCGGAGGUGGUGCAGGCGACGAUUUUCCUGCCUGACUUGCUGUUUGAGGAGUUGUGGCAGGUGAAGGAGAUGGCGACGAAGAACCAUCCGAAUCUGGUGAGGCUGGUGGGGUACUGCGUGGACUUCAGCCCUGUGACGGAGAGGAUGGAGCAGAUCGUCAUCUACGAGUUCAUGCCCCAUGGCGACCUUGAGCACUGGAUUGGCCCUUGUGCGUUCUCCCCGUUUCUCUCUUUCUAUCCUUUUCUCCUUCCCUUUCUCCCUCUCCCUCCAUCCAUCUUUGGAGUGGUGAUGCUGACUGUGCUCACAGCACGCAAGGCCAUCUGCAACUUGGAGUCAGACCAGGUCAACCUCAAGGCGUGGGUGGCUCCACUUGUUGCAUCCAAUAACGUGGCCGCCUUCAAGGACCCGGACUUGGAGGCAUCGGAUACUAUUAUCUUGCGUCUGGCUCGCCUUGCCCUCAGCUGCACUGCAAUGCCUACUGUGUCCCGCCCAUCCAUGAGCCGGGUGCUGGCAGAGCUGACAGUUAUCAAGGAGGAUUGCCUUGGCCCAGAGCCAAAUAGGAUGGCAGAGCGCAUUGACAAGGAGCUAGACACAUCCUUAUCGCAAAGUUUUGAUGGGGAGCUUGCCCGUAUUGCAAGCAUUAAGUCCCAAAGCUUGAUGUGA